GGCGGCCGGGUGGGGCGGCGCGCGGGGCAUUCUGGGAGGCAGCUGGCGGGCGCCAUGCGUCGUUUUUUGCCCGGCCCUGGUGUCCCCUCAGGAAGGAGGGCCGGCGGCGGGUGCUUGUUCCCCGCCGAGCCGCUGCCCACCUUUGCUGCUUAAAAACCCGGUCGCAGCAGCAGCAGGAGAAGGCGAGUCCUUGAUCUUCCCAUUAUUAUCAAUGCUGAAUUGUUUUUAUUUUUUUAUUCCUUUUAUUUUUUGAAAGUGAUGGUUUUCUCCCUGAGUUUUCAGCUGCGUUGCAGUCAGAAGCUCAACAGACAGGUUUGUGUGUUGAGACGCCCCCGCUCACCUGCAGCUAUGGGGGUCCCUCCCCAACCACAAAAAGGAGCCCAGAAGAAGGAAGAGAGGAAACGAACCUUGCCUGCCUCCUCAUCCAAGGAGGGGCGGCCCAAGGAAAACAAGAGAGAGCCUGCCUCCUUAACCCAGGAGGAGGCCCCCAAGGAAAAGAAGAGAGAGCCUGCUUCCUCAACCCAGGAGGAGGCCCCCAAGGAAAAGAAGAGAGAGCCUGCUUCCUCAACCCAGGAGGAGGCCCCCAAGGAAAAGAAGAGAGAGCCUGCUUCCUCAACCCAGGAGGAGGCCCCCAAGGAAAACAAGAGAGAGCCUACUUCCUCAACCCAGGAGAGGGGACCCAAGGAAAGCAAGAGGGAACCGCUGCCCAAACUGGAGCCUGCGGCAGCUGAGUAUUUCCGUCGGGCUCACGAGACAUUGAAAUCCGGGUUUGACUCUGAUGAGGAGAAAGCCCUCUUUGUCAGCAACGUCCUGGUGGAGGCGGAAGCCGUGGCCCUCCCUCUGGCCCUGGACACCGCCGGCUCUCUGCUCCUCCAGGCCCUCCUCCCUUCCGCCUCUGCGCCCAGCCUGAGCCGCCUGCUGCGAGCCUUCCUUCCCGCUCUGCGCCUGGCCGCCUGCCACCCCUGCGGGGCUCACAUCCUGGAGGCCGCCCUGCUCAGAGCUCCGGUCCUGAUUUCGGAGGGAGCGGAGGAUGCUGAGGAGCUGGAAGACCAAGUCCUGGAGCUGGCAAGGGCCGUGCAGGAGGAGCUGCCCACCUUUGCCCUGGACACCCACGCCAGCUUCAUGGUGCGGACGCUGCUGCAGGUGCUCGGAGGGGUCCGGGUCAGGUCGGACGGGGGACGGGGACUCCCGGUGUCAGGGUCUUCUUUCUCCAGGGCCAAAAAGGCUAAACUGGAGAGCGAUGGGCCUUCGGAAUUUGAGGUCCCAGAAACCUUCCAGUCCCUCCUGGGCGAAUUCAAAGGGAGCUUUCAGGAGCACAUUCCAAGUUUCAUCACCAACAAGUAUUUCAGCCUCUGCCUCCAGGUGGCGCUGGAGGUCUUGCACCGGAAGCUGCCAGCAGACUGCUCAGAGCUGUGCCACUCGAUGAUUGGCUACUUGAGCUCCCGCAAUGUGUCUCCUGGGCAGAGAUUAAUUGCGUUCACUAUGACUCAUCGCCGUACUUUGGAACGCCCCGAAUACCACCAUCUGGUGGGCAAGCCCAAAACCAAAAGUCCCGUUUGGAUGCAUUUUGGUUUGCCUGCUGACGAAAGCGACCGCUUGGUGGUUCACAAUAUCGCCAUUUGUAAAAUAUGUUUGCAUUCCGUAUCGGUGAAGGGCGGAAACACCACCAACCUCACUAGCCACCUCAAGCUGCACCACCCCCAGAAAUUUAAGGAGCUGCCGUCUUCAUCGGUGGGCGUUUCCGAUCAUUCAUGUAACAAUGCUGACGACCCUCCGGCUGCAGCAGCAGCAGCAGCGGUCAGCGCCUCCGAGCCUGCCAAAACCCACGUGGAAAUUCCUAGGAAACGGCAAAAAACGCUGUUGGAUUUUCAGCCGCUCAGUUUUGAGACCCCCAGAUCUUGUAGCCAGGCCAUCACGGAAUACCUGGCUACCUGCAUGCAGUCUUACAACAUAGUAGACCACCCAAAAUUUAUCCAAAUGGUCAACACCCUGAACCCAAGGUACCAGUUGCCCAGCAGAAAAUACUUUGCAACAAAAGGCGUUCCGACGCUGUACAACGACACGGUGGAGAAAAUGAGGAGGGAAAUUGGUCGGGUGAAGGAGAGCGAGCUGGUCAUCACUACCGAUUGCUGGACGUCGGUAGGAGGCACCCCGUUUUUGGCCGUGACUGUCCAUUUCAUUUCCGACGAGUGGAAACUGAUCAACGCUUUCUUGGGCUGCAAGCACUUUCUGAAGGACCACACCUCCGACAACCUCUGCGAGAUGCUGGCCGACACGUUGUCGGAAUGGGACAUAGACGUGAAGAACAUAUUUUGCAGCACGACGGACGAUAACGGUGCCAUUCUGAAAGCGGUUCGGCAGCUGGGCUUGGAGUACAUCUCUUGCUUUGCCCAGAACAUCAACACCGGCGUCGGCCGAGCUUUGAACCUGACGCCGCUGCGGAGGGCGAUUGUCCGGCUGAAAAGCUUGCAGAACACCAUUUGCCACAGCUGGAAGAUGAGACGAGACCUCGGCAAAGCCCAGGAGCUGCUUCAGAUGGAGAAAGUGAGCCUGCCCAGCGCUUGCCCCACAAAAUGGUGGAGCGUGCUUAAGCUCUGCCGGAGGUUUCUUGAGAACCAGCUCCCGGUUUGCAAGAUGCUGAUGGAUUACCCGUCCAAAAAGCAUUUGAUGCUGGAAGGCUGCGACGUCUCGGCUGUGCAGGACUUUGUCUCUGCAGCUACCCUCCUGGAAGACAUCACAACGACCCUCAGCGGGAGCAGCUGCGUCACAGCCUCCUCCGUUCUUCCUCUCUAUAGGCAAAUUAAGAAGCGUCUCCAGCCCGAGGAGGGAGACAGCGCGCUCUUGCAGGACAUUAAACAAGAGAUUUUGGGCGCGCUGUCGGAAAAGUACGAAAACGGGCCCAUGGUGACCACUUUGGGCCUGGCCUCCUUGUGCGAUCCCAGGUUUCGCCUGCGUUUCUUGGAGUCCCCAGAAGCCGUCAGGCAGGAGGCCAUACAAAAGAUGGCCGACUUGCACGCUGGUAGCCUGUCUGAGGAGCCAGACGCUCAGCCUGACACACCCAAAAAGGAAGGGUUGGCGAAAAUUUUCGAUUUGGAGGAAGAGGAGGACCUUUCGGGGGAUGGAUUUGAACCGCUGUCCGUCUUGAAAGCCGAAAAAGAGCUGAAAGGCUACAUGGCGAUGCCCAGAGUGAACUUUGAUGAUUCCCCCCUGAUGUGGUGGAAGACGAAUGAGGCGUUCUUCCCAAUGUUGAAGGUGCUCGCGAAGAGGUUUUUGGCUAUCCCGGGGACGAGUGUGUCUUCCGAAAGUGUGUUCAGUACGGCCGGCAACGUUCUCCAGAAACAGAAGUCGUCUCUCUUGCCGGAGAACGCCGAAAUGCAAAUCUUCCUGGCGAAAAAUAUAAAUUUCGUUUGACAAGGUUUUCCACCCCCCUCUGUUAAAAUUUAUCCAGGUUUACGAAAGAAAACGAACAAAACAGUCAAAUAACUGGUGUUGUGGGCUGUAUAUGCACAUUCAGCUAAAACUCUAUACUUGAAAUACCGAAAAGUGACGCAGAAUUGGCUUUUUCCCCCUUGUUCAGCAAUGUAGUUGAAUUGUUAGGGAGCAUUUUCUCACUUUGCCUUUGAUCUCUAUGCUGCUAACUCUUUAAUUUUAGAGAAAAUGUGCUGGUUAAAAAAAUUAUCAGUGCUGUGAAAUAACUGUUGUAACAGUAUGCUAAAGGUAAGUAAAAAUGUAUGCAUUUUAGACCCCUAAAUACCCGCAAUUGCCAGGACAUUCCCCUGUUUGCCUUGACAAA